AACUCUUCAUUCUUCAACUAACCUUCAAUGGAUCUCUUGUAUAUUGCAAGUUGUUGGGUAUCCAAAAUCGGAAGUGGGUUAAAGCAAAUUAAACCCAGCCUCUCCAAUAAUUCUCUGCAGACGAGAUUUGUUUUCUUUAUGUUCAUCAGAAAGCAGAAUUUGGUAUAAAUGAACUGCAAUUCGAAGAUCAAAAAAGCAGUAGGAAUCAAGUGUGGCAGAAAAAACAUAAGAUUGUGGAAAUGUUUUGGUAAGAAAAAAAAGGCAACAAAGACGGCGAUGGAUCAUAAUAGCGGCAGAGCAGAGAAUAAUAAUAAUAAUAAUAAUUGGAGACAAUUAAUGGGGUCAAACAAUUGGAAAGGCCUUUUGGAGCCUCUUCAAAUCGACCUCCGACGCUACUUGAUUCACUACGGACAAAUGGCUCAGGCAACAUACGAUACGUUCAACACCGAGAAGGCCUCAAAAUUCGCCGGAAGCAGCAGAUAUUCAAAGCAAGAUUUCUUCGCAAAAGUUGGGCUGGGAAAAGGGAAGAGCGCCCCAUAUAAAUACAGAGUGACCAAAUUCUUGUACGCAACUUCGCAAGUCCAAGUGCCUGACGCUUUCAUUGUGAGGCCGUUGUCGAGGGAGGCUUGGAGCAAAGAGUCCAACUGGAUUGGGUAUGUGGCGGUGGCGACCGACGAAGGCGCGGCGGAAAUGGGGCGGCGGGAUGUUGUGAUUGCUUGGAGAGGGACUGUGAGAAGCUUGGAGUGGAUCGAUGAUUUUGAAUUUGGUUUGGUUUCGGCUCCGGAAAUAUUUGGGGAAUCCAGCGAUGUGAAGAUCCAUCAGGGUUGGUAUUCCAUUUACACUUCAGAUGAUCGACGAUCACCAUUUACUAACAACAGCGUCAGAAACCAGGUUAUGAGUGAAAUAAAAAGAUUGGUAGAAGAAUACAAAAAUGAAGAAAUGAGCAUAGUUACAACAGGGCACAGUCUUGGUGCAGCAAUAGCAACAUUAAACGCCGUGGACAUUGUAGCAAACAAACUCAACAUUGCAGCGACAACAGGGCAAGCGUUUUCAGUUACAUCUUUCGUUUUCGCAAGCCCAAGAGUUGGAGAUUCAGAGUUCAAAAGGGCAUUCUCAGAGUACAAAGAUGUGCAUGUGUUACGAGUUAAAAACGCCAUGGACGUGGUCCCAAAUUACCCGAUCAUUGGGUACCCAGAGGUGGGAGAAGAACUAGAAAUCGACACUCGAAAAUCCAAAUACUUGAAGAGCCCAGGGAGUUUGAGCAGUUGGCAUAAUUUGGAAGGGUACUUGCAUGGGGUUGCAGGGACACAAGGGAAGAAUAAAGGAGGAUUUAGGUUGGAGAUUGAGAGGGAUAUUGCGUUGCUGAACAAGAGCCUUGAUGCUUUGAAGGAUGAGUAUCUUGUGCCUGUGGCAUGGCGGUGUUUGCAAAAUAAAGGAUUCUACAUCAUAUCAAACCUGUGCAGACCGAGGCCGGUCCAGGCUUCUUUUUUGCAACUUUGACAAUUCAGGCUUUCGGUCAAUGGGCCUACUUUAGUGGGCUCGACCUCGGCCUCAGUUUGGGUGAGGCUGACUAGGCCCAUUUUUUCCUUGGCCCAUCUCUUCACUUUUUCUUUCUUCUAUGAUGUUUUUGCCCUUAAUUCUAGAAUCCAUCCAUAACAUUAGCCCCCAUUCUCAAGUUAGGACUCGUGGCUCUUUUGGCUAUUUUGUCACGGGUUUUAAUCCUAAGAACCUAUUUUAGAAAUAUGUUCUUCCUCUUCGAUUUCCACGCCACCUCAUUGCAAAAUUCAAUUCAGACUUUCUAGGGGUUAUUAGGUCAAUCAAGCCAAACCCUUUUGAGGUCAAACUGAUUUCCUAAAUCACUUCUCCAUCUCAUGAUAAAGUUAUGCACCAUGUUGUGUCGUGCCCACUUCAAGGAUAGACUCUUCACAGAUUAUUGCCCUUUAUACCCUAGGUAUACCUCAAGUCAUGAGCUAACUUGGAAUAUUAUCUGGUCGAUCCUUUUAGGAUUCAACCAGCUUCCUGGCCUAAAUCUUUGUCCUUUGGACAGAGCUGUGGUCACUUUAUCUUUAUGUCCCUUAGAUAAAUUGUAGCUUCUUUAUGUCGAUCUUCUUCAUUGUAUUACCUUUCCAGCUAUAGCUAUCUUGUCACUAGCGACUGUGUUGGUUCUAUUCCAACCGCCAUUUGUCUUCAAUCCUUUUGGUGCCACAUGUUGCCCUCUCCUUGGUCGGUUAUGAAUCAAUACCGAUCGGGCUUAGUUACCUUUUAACUUGCAUCUUUAGAAUUGAACUCUCCCAUUUUUGCCUAUUGCAUUUCCUUUCACAAUAUUCAAGGGAAUCUCACCAACUUUUGCAUGCUCUCCUAUCUUUUAGUAGAAAAAAAUCUUUGAUUCCCUUCCUUGAAUUGUUAUGUUAUGUCUUUUUUGGCUUCCCAUGUUUAUGCACUAUUGAAUCACAUCAUCUGGGAAAAUAGAUCCUUAGGUUGUCUUGGUUAAGUUUUAGGGAACAUCUCCUAGCUUCUUGUUCCAUCUUUUCAAAACUUUAAUACUUCUUCUUUCACACACAUUUCUUUUUAUUCUCCCUUUCCUUGUUGCAAAAUCAUCUUCCUCAUCCAGUUUGACCUUUCUCUUUCUCCAUCCUUUAUAUUAUCACUCCGAGCUAUCAUUCAUACAUUCACAACUCCUCUCGAGUCUUACCUUUUUCUUUAGGUGGGUCUUCUUUAGUAUAUUUUGCUAGUUGAAAUUUCCAUUCUCAUGGCUAGUGGUAAUGACUAUAGUUUGAUUACAUUUGAUUGUUGGGGUUGAUGCCCUAAA